AUGGGAUGCUGCAAGAGCGAGGAUGGGCGAUUCUACAGUUUUUCUUCACCAAGCAUCACGGGCAUUUCGUAUCCAUUUCCUGUCCAUUCGGCAUCCGCGAUGUCACCUGAAACCGGCGAUCACGAGAUCCGCUACGUCGACGGCGACUCGGUCCCACUAACCAUCGCCGAGUCCGAUGCCGACUUCCACCGACUCGUACAAAACCAUCCAAGAGAUAUUGCGGAAUUCUAUCCUCUUUUAUCUGAGUUGCAGCCAUCUUCUCUAGUGGCCUUGCAAGUCACCAUCUUCCCAAACACUGGCAUCUCCAUCGGAAUCUCCCUGCAUCAUGUAGCAGCUGAUGGCCGUAGCUUGACCCAUUUCAUAAAAUCUUGGUCGUCCAUUUGCAGAACCGGAGAUGAAUCUCUGAUCACGUCCCACCCAUCCUACGACAGGACAGUCUUAGCCGAUCGCGAUUGGCUCAAGCGACUCUUCUUGAAGCAGAUGUCGGAAUUCAAAUUCGAGCACACGCAAGUAGUAGUCAGCAGUAGUGCAACUCGUUCCAACAUGGUUCUAGCGACCUUUGUUCUGAGCCGAGCAGAAAUCGAGAGACUCAGGAAGCGAGUCAUGGACCGAGUCGCCGCGACUCGGAAUCCCUUCCAUUGCUCAGCGUUCGUGCUAACGUGCGCGUACGUCUGGGUUUGCCUGGUGAAAGCGUCUGGGUUUGCCUGCGGGUGCUUCGCGGAGGCGAAGGGGAGAGAUUUGGCAAGCGGAGAUGGGAUAUUCAUAGCAGCGGAGGCGAUUGGGAGAGAAAUUCAGAGGUUAUUGGGUGGGGUUUUGGAAGGCGCGGAGACGUGGUUUCCCAGAAUGAAUUCUAUGAUGGGGCAGCGUGUCAUGACGGUUGCUGGGUCGCCGAAAUUUCGGGUAUAUGAUACGGAUUUCGGGUGGGGAAGACCCAAGAAGACUGAAGUGAUAUCCAUUGAGAAAACCGAUGCUAUGUAUAUUGGCGAUAGCAGAGAAGAUGAUGGCGGGAUUGAGAUUGGUUUGGUGUUGCCCGAUCCCGAAAUGCGUGUGUUUGCAUCUCUGUUUGAGACGGAUCUGAAAGCAGGAUAG